AUGGCGACUUCAAUACUCUACAUCGGCAAGUCAAUUACGGAUGUCUUAGCUACAGAACUUCUUGUCAUUGUCUGCGAAUCUCUUUGCCGCGAAGACUUGACCAAUUUUCGAUUGACGAAUAAAGUUUGUGCUGAGGUCGCGUCUAAGAACCUCGUUCAAGAUUUGCAUGUCAUGUUCACGGAGAAAAGUUUCAGUAACUUGUUGAAUAUAUCAAAGCAACCAAAUCUUUCGAAGCAUGUCAGAAGCAUAUUGUAUGAGCCACGGACCUUGCGAACUCUUUGUAAGGACAAAUACAUCAAUUGUAUAAUUGAGGAGCUGAAACCUAUGCCUCCCUUCGACGAAGAAGACUUGGACAAGGGGUAUGAGCUGUACAACCACAUUCGCCAGCGUGAAGUCUACUUGAAAGCGGUAGACUACGAUAUCGUUGCCUUCGCACAAGCUAUCUCAAGGUUCCCAAAUUUCAAUGAGAUCGUCUUGGAUGACGCCGGAUUACCAUCUGAUCAUUUCAUACACUCUUACAACUGCAAGGCAUAUCUUUGUAAGGAGAUGUUCAGCCUUGAUUCGAGCCAGAGCUGUACUGCCUAUAAGUACGAGAGGUUACACGCGAUACUUCUUGCUGCUAGCCUCGCUGGCGUAAAACUUACGACUUUUAAAGCCACAGCUCUACCUUUGGCAUUCUUCGGCGCGACGCCAAUAAGCAGCACCGAUGUGGCGCUUUCUGCCUUGCAGCAUGUUCAGCAUAUUGACAUUACCAUCAAAGUCAGCUUUGAAGAAUGGCACGCCCGCAUCAAUGGACUUGUUACUCGCCUUACACAAUUCUUAUCUCUCGCCUCAAAUCUGGAGAGUCUUCGUAUCGAUUUGGGGGAACCUGAAGAAAUAUCAAUGGUGCCAAUCCCCUUGGAGGCGUUAGUCAGAAGCACUGGUAAUUUCCCAAAGCUACGCAGUCUUGACCUUCGUCAUUUCUCGUGCGCCAAAGGCUUUUUCUCGGAGUUUCUUCAAAAGCAUGCGGGUACACUAGAACAUUUGUCACUUGACACAAUGACGAUGGCGAGCAAUUGUCCUGGUUGGGGUAAUGUUUUUAAUACACUUGAAACUGAUUUGAAGCUCAAGUCUUGUUAUUUCACUGGUGUUUGGCAUGAGGGCUGGGAUGGUGAAGAAGAAGACCAGACUUAUCCAAUAAAGCUUUCCGAAACAUAUACUGGAACUCGGUCAAGUUCUCUGGGCGAAUUACUACAGCACCGUGUCAUCAAGAAGUGUAUGCCAGCGGGAGACGAAUGCGUAACCAUGGACGAGCUUUGGGCCAGCGUUACUAGAGAGUCGGAGGACAGAGGAUACGAAACCUAUAGUGAUGAUAGUGCUGAGGAUAUCGAGAGCGACGAUUAUGAUAUGUAUGAUUACGAGGAUCUUUUAGAACCCCACGAUUAUGACCAGUAUAUUGACGAUUACGAUGAAUAA